AUGGCCGAGUGCUCGGACGUGGCAAAGAGGACUAACGUGCGAUUAAUCAAAGUUGAAACGCAAGGUUUUAAGUCGUUUGCUGAUAAAGUCGUUUUGACUUUUGACGGCGGAGUAGUCGGAGUAGUCGGGCCGAACGGAUCGGGUAAAUCAAACAUUAACGACGCGAUUAAGUGGGUGCUCGGCGAAAUGUCGGCUAAGUCGCUGCGCGGCGAUUCGAUGGAAGACGUGAUUUUCUCGGGUUCUAAAACGGUUGCCGCCCUCGAUAAAGCUUACGUUUCGCUGACUUUUGACAACCGGGAAAAACGCGUUUCAAUUCCCCACGAGCAGUUUACGAUCACGCGUUCGCUCAAACGCGGCCAGACGAGCGAGUACUUCAUUAACGGUGAAAGCGCUCGUCUGCGCGACAUCCGCGAAAUAGCGCUUGAAUCGGGAAUGGCUAAGUCUUCCCUAGCGAUUAUUUCCCAGGGCACGGUUCAAGACAUCGCCCAAGCGAGCAACGAAAAAAGACGUCUUUUCUUUGAACAAGCGGCCGGAAUUGCCAAGUACAAAGCCCGCAAGUUGGAGGCACUUCGUAAGCUGGAAAAAACGACCGAAGCGCUUGAGAAAGUCCGGGCUGUCGCCCAGGAGUUAGAACGCCAACUGCGACCGCUCAAACGUCAAGCCGAAAAAGCCCGGCUUUACUUAGCGAAGCGCCAGGAGUUAAAGGCCGUGGAAAUCGCGCUUUUAGCCCAAGACAUCGCCUUUUACCAAAGCAAACUAAUUGAACUGAGCGCUCACUUAAGCGGCGUGGAAACGAGUCGUUCUGAUUUGCAAACCCGUUUGCAAGUCAGCGAGGAAGAUCUAACUUACAAAACCCAGCGUAAAUUGGAACUUGACAACGAAAUUCACGCGCUUGAAACCGAAAACCAAGCGCUUUUAGAAAGACUGGAAAAAGUUGCCGUCCGUGAUUCGGUCGCUAGUCAGCGACGUCAGUUAAUGAUCGGCGGGCAAAUCGAAGCGCCCCGCGAGGAAAAAAUUAGCGCCCUGGACGAAGAGCUCAACCAAAUCGCCCAGACGAUCCAAAAUUUUCAGCGUCUUGAGGCUAAGCACCUAGAAACAGUUGAAGACCGUCGCCGGAUCAUCCGUGAAAUUCAAGCCGAUGUUUACGCCAACCAAGUUCAAGUUGACCAAAAUCAAACCGAACUGUUGACUUUAAAAUCAAAAGUGGCGAUUUUAAAGGACCAGCGCGACCACAAGUCAAACCUUUUUAAAGGUGUUAAAACGAUUCUCCAAAACCGCCAAAUUUUUAGUGGUUUGCACGGAAUGGUGUGCGAUUUAAUCAACGUUUUACCCGAGCACCGCACCGCGAUUGAAACAGUUUUACAAAACGCGCUCCAACACCUAGUGGUUGACGAUCCGCAAGACGCGAUUAAGGCGAUCAACUUUCUCAAGGAAAACCGGGCUGGUCGAGCUUCGUUCGUGCCGUUGAAAGUGAUUAAACCCAAGAGCAUUCGUGCUGAACACCAGCAAAUCGCCAGUCAGCAAAGCGGUUUUGUGGCGCUCGGCAGUUCGCUGGUUGAGGCCCAGCCCAAGUACGCCACCUUAGUUGAUUAUUUACUCGGACACAUUUUGGUCGCCGACACGAUCGAAAGCGCUAGCGAACUGUACCGACUUUUCCAGAUUUACCCGAUCGUGACGCUUGAUGGCAACAUCAUUCGUCCGGGCGGUUCGAUGACCGGUGGACACCAGGAACGCUCUUUGAAUCUGCUUGGCUUGGAGCAGCAAAUUGACCACUUUGAAUCGCAAGUGCCUUCGCUUGAAAAAGACAUUAACAAGUUAAGAAGCGAGAUUAGUCUUUUGCAAGACCGUCAGCAAGAAGAACAAAGUUUGAUCGCCUCUAACCACCUUGAGUUAGCUAAAUUGGGCGAGAAAAUUUCGAUCCAGCAGUCGCAGUACAACUUGCUCAAAACUCAGUACGAAACGCUGACUAGUCGUCAGUUUGUCGCUAAAGACGGCGGCGAUCAAAUCGACGAAGACUUAAUUCAACUUGAAUCGCAGCGCAGUUCUCUGCUGGCGCUGAUCAAAGCUAAGCGCGAAACGGCCAUCGCUCUUAACCACGAGCUCGGUCGCUUAACCACGACUAAGAACGAACUUGAACGCGAACUGCGCGAACUGCUCGAAAAAUCCAGUCAGCAACUCAACACCAAAAACCAAGCCGAGUUCAUUUUGGAAAACGCCCGCCAACGUUUGGCCGAGGAGUACGAAAUGACUUUUGAAGCGGCUUUAGAAGCCGAAAAGCUAACGAUUGAACCCGAACAAGCGCGGGAAAUCGUCAAAGGUCUGAAGAGCGAACUCAAAGAGCUUGGGCCAGUCAACGUGGACGCGAUUGCCGACUACGAAGAGAUCAACGGACGGUUUGAAAAGAUUAAGCAAAACGAGGACGAACUUAACUCAGCUCAGGAACUGAUCAUGAGCGCGAUUAACCAAAUGGACCAAGUCAUCAUUACCCGUCUUGACGAAACUGUCAGCGCGGUCAACCGCGAAAUGGAUGGCAUUUUUAAAAUUAUGUUCGGCGGGGGUCACGCCGAGGUCAAGUACAGCGAUCCCAGCAACUUACUGGAAACGGGGAUCGAAGUGAUUGCCCAGCCGCCCGGUAAAACGAUUCGCAAUUUGAACUUGUUCUCCGGUGGUGAAAAAGCGCUGAUCGCAAUUUCGCUCUUGUUUGCCAUCUUAAAAGCCCAGCCGCUGCCGCUUUGCAUUCUCGACGAAGUUGAGGCCGCUUUAGACGAAGCCAACGUGGUGCGUUUUGCCGACUACCUCCAAGAGUUAAAAGAUAAAACCCAGUUUAUCGUCGUCACCCACCGGGUGGGAACGAUGGCCAAAGUUGACAAACUUUUCGGAGCAACCAUGCAAAAACGCGGUGUGACGAGCUUCUUUUCGGUUGCGCUCGCCCAGGCUGCUAAUUUGGUUGACAAAGAAGAGCAACUUGCUUAUAAUGAGUAG